AUGUGCAAAGUAGCCCUUAAUACAGCAUUGAACCUGAUGCUCAAGCUUUUCAUCUAUAAAGUGCAGCCAAUAGCAUCUUCCUUUGAGGACUGCUUGGAAAAUAAAGUUGGGAAGAACGAGAGGGCUCGUACUAAACAGACAGCAUGCAAAUCAACCGGCAGGAAGGCGACCUGUAAGCAGCUGACCACCAAGGUGACCCACAAGAGUGCACCAGCCACGGGUGAUGUGAAGAAGCCGCACCCCUACUGGCCCGACACUCUGGUGCUACGGGAGAUCUGCCAGCUGCUGUUCCAGCGGCUGGUACACGAGAUCGCACAGGACUUCAGGACCGACCUGCACUCCCGGAGUUCGGUGGUCACGGUGCUGCAGGAGCCAUGUGAGGCCUACCUGGUGGGGCUCUUCAAGGACACCAACCUCUGCGCAUUCCCCACCAAGUGCAUCACCAUUGUGCCCAAGGACAUCCAGCUGGCGCGCCACAUCCGCGGAGAGAGAGCAUAA